UAGGAUUUGAAGUGGGAUCCCCAUUCGACAUCAGACUCUCGAACCCUUCGUUUCGACCCUUUUUAAAUUUUCUAAAUUCAAAAUUUCCGUUCGAGAAUAAUUUGACCAAAAAAGACGCAACAUGUGUGACGGAUGUGGAUCGUUGGAGCCCCGCGGAUGCCGCAGUCGGGAACUGCGCUGCGGCAUCAUGUACACCACCUGCGACUGCGUGAAGCGGAACGGGCUGCAGGACAAGUGUCCGCGGUCCGCCUGCCAGGGUCGCCCAGCCUGCCUGUGCUUCCCGUUCCCCACCUGCGGCCCGGCGGCCUUCCCCCUGCGCUACGCCAACAUGAUGAUGGGCGUGAACAACAAGCGGAUGCGCUGCGCCGCCACCGGAGCCCCCAGCGGCGGGCCGGCAUGCGGCGGUCGAGUCGCAGGCGGCUGCUGCGGCGGCUGUUGCUGUACGAGCUGAGCUCUCCACUGAGGUCCACACAGUCCGCCAUGCUGUGGACCCUGUAAUGAAACUCCCUGCUGCGGCCCGCACAGUCCGCCAUGCGGGGCCCCCUCGCCCAUUCCCUGCUCCCCAGCUCCUGGCAUGUGCUGUCCCCCGCUCCCCGAAGGCGGCAUUCCCGAUCCGCGAGUCUGGAACUACUAUAACACGCCUCCCACCUAUCCAUGCGGUUUCUAAGUGGCUCUGAAAAACUCUUUGGGUGAGAUGCUCACCUGGAUGACUGUUUGGUUGGAACUGAAUCGAACGCAGCUACGAUCAAGAUGAAGGACGAUAAGCCGAUUACAGUCGUCUUGAUUUAAGCUUGCACUUUGACAUUUUUUUAGGCCAAUUUAGACUUCAAAUUAAAAAAGAUCAAUACGAA